GCGCCACUGAGCCCGUGCUCGCUCCAUCGCACCCCACUCCACGCCUGCUGCCACCCUGAAGGUAGAUGCAUCACGCUGGGGAGACUGCGCAACAGCAGCCCCCUCUCCCACCAGCCCCCCAAACCUCCUCCACAGCACGGUGGCCUCCCAUGGACCCCCUACACAUCUCCAGGUCGCCACUACAGCCCCAGUCCCUACAGCCCAGACUCUCCCUCAGGUGGCGUUCACAGUCAGGAAGUCAUGUCCAGAUCGGGUGAUAGAACAUCCACCUUUGACCCAACACACAGUGACACCCUGCUGCACGGGCUCAAUCUCUUAUGGAGAAAACAGCUUUUCUGUGAUGUGACUCUCACUGCCCAGGGACAGCAGUUCCACUGCCACAAAGCUGUGCUGGCAUCAUGCUCCCAGUAUUUCAGGUCCCUCUUCUCUUCCCACAAUGUGAUCAACAAUGAGGGGAGCAAAGGGGACCAGGGAAGUAGUGGGACCCCCUCAUCCUCUCCUGAUGACAAGCUGGUGACCCCCAAUGCCAGGCCCAUCAAUAACCUGGUACUCCAGGGCUGCUCCUCUAUUGGACUACGAUUAGUGCUGGAGUACCUGUACACUGCCAAUGUGACUCUUUCCCUGGACACAGUGGAAGAGGUGCUGUCAGUCAGCAAGAUCCUCAACAUCCCCCAGAUUACUAAACUCAGCGUGCAGUUCCUCAAUGACCAGAUCUCUGUGCAGAACUACAAGCAGAUCUGCAAGAUUGCCGCACUCCACGGACUGGAUGAAACCAAGAAGCUGGCCAACAAGUACCUGGUGGAGGAUGUGCUGCUGCUGAACUUUGAGGAGAUGUGCGCCAUGCUAGAUGCUCUGCCACCCCCGGUGGAGUCUGAGCUGGCUCUGUUCCAGAUGUCAGUCCUCUGGCUGGAGCAUGACCGGGAGACUCGCAUGCACUAUGCGCCGGACCUUAUGAAGAGGCUGCGCUUCGCCCUCAUACCUGCUCCAGAGCUGGUGGAGAGGGUGCAGUCUGUUGACUUCAUGAGGAGUGACCCCGUGUGCCAGAAGCUACUCCUGGAUGCCAUGAACUACCACCUGAUGCCCUUCAGGCAGCACUGCAGGCAGACCACGGCCAGCAGAAUUCGUUCCAAUAAGAGAAUGCUGUUACUGGUGGGUGGUUUGCCUCCUGGACCUGAUCGUCUCCCCAGCAAUUUGGUCCAGUACUAUGACGACGAGAAAAAGACAUGGAAGAUCCUCACAAUAAUGCCUUACAACAGCGCCCAUCACUGCGUGGUGGAGGUGGAGAACUUCCUGCUGCUGCUAGGCGGAGAGGACCAGUGGAACCCCAACGGAAAGCACAGCACUAAUUUUGUCAGCCGCUAUGAUCCCAGAUUCAACAGUUGGAUACAGUUGCCUCCGAUGCAGGAGAGGAGAGCCAGUUUCUUUGCCUGCCGCCUGGAUAAGCACCUGUACGUGAUUGGUGGUAGGAACGAGAGCGGCUACCUCUCCAGCGUGGAGUCCUACAACCUGGAGACUAACGAGUGGAACUACUUGUCGUCUCUGCCUCAGCCUCUGGCCGCCCAUGCAGGAGCAGUGCACAAUGGCAAGAUCUACAUAUCAGGAGGAGUGCACAAUGGAGAGUACGUUUCCUGGCUCUACUGUUAUGACCCUAUAAUGGAUGUGUGGGCUCGUAAACAGGACAUGAACACAAAGCGUGCCAUUCAUGCGCUGGCUGGGAUGAACGACCGCCUAUAUGCUAUUGGUGGAAACCAUUUGAAAGGUUUUUCCCAUCUAGACGUGAUGUUGGUGGAGUGUUACGACCCAAAAGCUGACCAGUGGAACAUCCUGCAGACACCCAUCCUGGAGGGUCGCAGCGGACCGGGCUGCGCUGUGCUGGAUGACAGCAUCUUCCUUGUGGGGGGCUACAGCUGGAGCAUGGGGGCCUACAAGUCUUCUACCAUCUGCUACAGCCCAGAGAAGGGAACAUGGACAGAGUUGGAGGGAGAGGUGGCAGAGCCCUUAGCAGGCCCAGCCUGUUCCACCGUCAUACUGCCUGCCUGCCUUCCCUUUAACAAAUGACAACUAAUCCAACCAACGGGCGGUAAGGGUGAGGAGCAGCAGAGU